AUGGGUUGCACCUCUUCAAUUAACACAAAAAUCGAGGCUUUGGAAUAUAAAAGUAACAAAGUCUAAACCUUUGUCGAGCAAUAGAGACAAUUUAUGAGCAUUAAAGUUAAUGAACUCAAGAGAAACACCAAAAGAAAAUAGAAUCAAAGACAUGGGUAAAAACCGAAACAGAUCGUGCAAAUAAACAUAAAAUCUUAAGACAAUGUUGAUGUUGAAUUGUAGACUGACAGACCUUAAGAAAAUCUCCCAUAAAUAAAUAUCUAGCCAAAUAGUCCAUCAAUCAAAUCAGCAAUUAACAGUAAAUCGAAAGCAAGAUCAACUAAGUCUAAUAAGUCUGUCAGUUUCUCCCCAACUAUUACUCAAUCUUCAUUCGUUUAUUCUGUAAACACUAAUAUAACUGAUAGUAAAAUGAGCACGAUAUCACAAUCAGAUUAAAAUAAAAACAGAGAUGUCCAGACCCGUGCUUUAAGAGUCAUCUAAAGAUAAGGCUCGAGAGAAUUUGAGGAUAUGAUGGAUUAAGUUCUAGAAGAAAAUGAGUCCAGAGCAAGUCUUUAGAAUUAUAAUACAACAACACAUUUAGUUUCAAAUGAUACCAAAUCUAAAAAUAGAUUAAAGAUUUGA